AUGUUAGUCGGGCUGUGGGAGGGGGCGUGCAACUCUGCAACUCUGCACAAGGAAACAAUCGACUCCUCUGUCCUUACUCUCCGCAUAUUGAAGGAAUCAGUCAUGGCCGAGGAAGCAACGACGACUUGUUAUGAUGGCAGUUGUGCGCAGAGCUUUCAGUUCUACUUACAGCAAUCGGGGGAGCACCAGGCCAUCCUCCAAUGUCUUCACAACAUCCUGCCAGGAGAGUUCAAAAGAAUCGGAUUAGACAAAAGCAGCCUGGAUGUUCUUGGAGUUGGAAGUGGUGGAGGGGAGGUGGAUGCCCAGAUACUCACUCUGCUGCAGUCUACAUUCCCCGCUGUCCCGAUCACUACUGACAUUGUGGAGGGCAGCUCUCAGCUCACAGACAACUUCAAAGCUUUGGUUGCAAAGACCACCAACCUUCAAAAGAUCCCAUUUGCUUGGCAUUUGACAAGCAGUGAAAACUAUGAAAAACAAGUCAAAGCUAAGGGAGAUAUGAAGAAAUUUGACUUCAUACAAAUGGUUCAGAUGAUCUACUAUGUGGAUAACCUCGCCGAUACCAUCACAUUCUACCGCAGCCUUCUGAAGAACAACGGCAGGCUGAUGGUCAUCGUUGAAGCAGCUCACUCUGGUUGGGACAUCCUGUGGAAGACUUACAAGAAGGAGCUCGCUGUCGAUGCCAUCACAGAGUACCGCUCAUCGGCCGAGGUUGUUGCCUACCUGAAGAGCCAGGGUCUGAAAUAUGAGGAGCACGCCAUUCCCAACACCUUCGACAUCACAGAGUGUUUCGACCCAAGCAGCCAGACCGGAGAGCGCCUCCUGGAUUUCAUGACAGCGAAAAACCACUUCUACCAGUCCUUCACCCCAGAGAUCAGAGCAGGAAUUCUCGACCUUCUCAGAAACAAGUGCAGCGCUGAAAAAGAUGGCAAGGUAUUCUUCAACAGUAAUUUGAGCUGCAUACUUGUUAAUGCUUGAAGUGUCUUACGGAAAUUGGUUCAUGCAUUCUGAUUUCUCUUCUUCAUUCACUUGACCCUGCUAUUGGAUCAAGAGUGCAGCAUAUGUGCCUGUUGCUAAGAUUGAGUUUACUGUUUGCAGUAGAUGUCAGCCAUUUUAGCCUAAUUUUACAAAAUGUUGUCUGUAUGUAAACCAACAUUAUAAAAAUAAAAAAAAAUGUCUUACUUUGUAAGUCGUAAAACUCAA